AUGUCCUUUUCCCAAGACUAUUAUUGCUACCCCAUCUUCACCUCCUACAGGAAUGACGUGCCUCUCACUCCUGAGCUAGGUAUCAUUGAAGCUAGUCAUGUUCGCGAUUUGUACUAUGUCUAUGCUAACCGUCACAAUGAUCACUACUCCCCCUACUCUGAGAACCACCCUGAUCCCCUAGAACGUCGUAUUCACGCCAUGCCUGACAUUGAGGUUUUCCUUAUGGAUGAGGACCAUCCCCCUCAAUGGUUUCUAGGUGUUGACCUCACUCACGCGUUGCACGGGGCUUACACCCAUGCUCUUUGUGUCUUUGGCGAAGCUGUACAACCCGCUGGAUGGAAUCGUCGCGAACCCUGGGCCAAUUACGACUACGCAACUGAACUUGUCAAGAUCGGUUUUCCGUACAUCCCGCGUCCCAUUUGUUUCAGGGAGGACGUCUAUCACUUCCCUGCUGAUUCGUUCCACGAGCUACAGCAACAGGUACAUCACAACAACUUCUACGCGAUUUGCCUCAAUGCUCUAUCCAUCAUUAUCACGGCUACUAAACAAAUGGAGUAUAGUAAUAUUGCACAUGUUGGGUAUAUUCGCGGUUCCCCCGCCUGCGUUUCGGCGCAUCGUUUUUGGUGCCGUCUGCAUGGUCACCCGGUAGUUGAACACUCCGAAGACGAUCUGUCCGACGCAGGAUUCCCUGUCAACGGAUACGACGGCAACGACAAAGCACUGGGACCAAUUACUCCGCCGCCUGAGAACGUUCCGCCGCCCCACUUGGUGGACUUCGCGGAAGUCCCCUUCGACUACGCCGCCUGGGGACUUCCCCCUCGAGAACCUUCCGAACAACCCGAAACAACUCACCUGGGUUACCAGAACGGCGACUCGUUUACGGCUCCGGAGUACGCCCCGUUACACGCCGCCAACAAAGCAGGCGAAUUCCCUGCUCCGGAAUACGCCCACAGCCACGAGCUCGACAUCGCUGCCCUCACGCAGCAACUCUCGUUGGUUGCAGUCGCACAUAGCGUCGAAUCCGUAUCCCCCGGGUUCGGUAACGACUUCGUCGAAUCUGUUUGGGAAUGGCCGGGAGAACCAAAUCCCGUCGUCGACCUGGGACCACCUGAAUGGCCCACCGUACCGCAGCAACAUACGCCGCCGUUCUCAUGGGAAGACCACUGGCACGAGGUUCACGCUCGCGACCUCAAGCUAGGCGACAACAAGGACGUCAACAUCGGCGGAGGGCUCGAAAUCGACUCUGAACACAUCAUUCGCCCCUUUCCCGUCGUCUCUAACUGA